GCGGCUGAGUCCGGCCCAGAGCGAGGCCCUGUCGCCGCCGCUGUCGGGAGGCGCCGCCGUUCCCCGCCGCGGACGCGGGGCCGCCUCUCGCCCGUGGUAGGCGGCCCGGCCCCGGGCUCGGCGGCCGGCGCGGGCUCAUGGCGGAGUUCUAGGUCAAAUGAUUAGUUCUGUGACAAGACAGCAUGACACUUUGAAGUAUGACAGAAGCCCUGAUGCCGCAACUGAAGCCGGGAAUAUUAAUGGCCAAAUCUAGAGAUCACAUGGUCUUCUAAAGAAGUCAUGGGUAGCUGCUGUAGCUGUCCAGAUAAAGAAACUGUCCCAGAUAACCAUCGAAACAAGUUUAAGGUUAUUAAUGUGGAUGAUGAUGGUAAUGAGCUGGGUUCUGGCAUAAUGGAACUUACAGAUACAGAACUAAUUUUGUACACCCGUAAAAGGGACUCCGUAAAAUGGCACUACCUCUGUCUCCGUCGCUAUGGCUACGACUCAAAUCUUUUCUCUUUUGAAAGUGGUAGAAGGUGUCAAACUGGACAAGGAAUCUUUGCUUUUAAAUGUGCCCGUGCAGAAGAGCUAUUUAAUAUGUUGCAAGAGAUAAUGCAGAAUAAUAGUAUAAAUGUGGUAGAAGAACCAGUAGUAGAAAGGAAUAACCAUCAAACUGAGUUGGAAGCUCCAAGAACCCCUCGAACACCUACCACUCCUGGGUUCAAUGCGCAAAGUUUACCUAAUGGCUAUCCCAGAUAUCCGUCUUUUGGAGAUGCUUCAUCGCAUCCUUCCAGCAGGCAUCCUUCUGUUGGAAGUGCACGCCUCCCCUCUGUUGGUGAAGAAUCAACGCAUCCUCUGCUUGUAGCAGAGGAACAAGUGCACACUUAUGUCAACACUACUGGCGUACAAGAGGAAAGAAAAAAUCGAUCAAGUGUGCAUGCGCCACUGGAAUCAAAGCUUUCAAACACUGAAACAACUAAAGUAAAAGAAGAUCAGAUGUGUACUGAUGACAGAGAUGCUCACGUUCUCCUGGAGCCUGAAGGAGUCAAGUUUGUUUUAGGACCAACCCCUGUUCAAAGGCAGUUAAUGGAAAGAGAGAAACUGGAGCAACUUGGGAGAGACCAAGUUAGUGGCAGCAGCACAAACAAUACUGAAUGGGACACUGGGUACGACAGUGAUGAACGUAGAGAAACACCAUCUGGUAAUAAAUUGGUGUACGAAAAUAUAAAUAGGUUAUCAAUCCCUAGUGCCUCAGGGGUCAGGAGAGGUCGUUUGACAUCCACAAGUACCUCAGAUACCCAGAACAUUAACAACUCUGCUCAGAGGAGAACUGCGCUGUUGAACUAUGAGAACUUGCCAUCCUUGCCUCCUGUUUGGGAAUCCCGCAAGCUGAGUAGAGAUGAAGAUGACAGUUUAGGACCAAAGACCCCAUCUCUGAAUGGCUACCACAAUAACCUAGAUCCAAUGCAUAAUUAUGUCAAUACAGAGAAUGUAACAGUACCAUCAAGUGCUCAUAAAAUAGAAUUUCCACGACGUCGGGACUGUACCCCAACCGUCUUUAACUUUGACAUUAGACGUCCGAGUUUAGAACACAGGCAGCUCAACUACAUACAGGUUGACUUGGAAGGUGGUAGUGACUCCGACAACCCUCAGACUCCCAAAACCCCCACCACUCCACUUCCGCAAACUCCAACCAGGCGCACAGAGCUGUAUGCUGUGAUAGACAUUGAAAGAACUGCUGCUAUGUCAAGCCUGCAAAAAGCACUGCCCCGAGAUGACGGUACUUCUAGGAAAACUAGACAUAACAGUACUGACCUGCCUAUGUGAGCCUGGGAAGCAUUAAAUCAUUUGCACCUUUUGUGAAGUUUAUAAAAUUGAAGAUGCAAGUACUUUGCAUUUCUUAACACUAACGCCUUUUAUAGACUAAUAGAACUUUUUCUGCAUACUUCAUGUACUUGUCUAACUAAAGGGAAUUAAUGUAGAGCAAGUAUUCAUUUAGGUAACACUAUUUCAUUCUAUGGUAGUAAUUACUGCAUAGCAGCAUCGCCACCUUUCACAGUGCCUCUUUAAAUUGAUUAGAGUCUGAGUGACAUGCCAGUUUUGAAUUUAUAAAUAUUCUGGUCUGGUGCCUAUAGUCAAUUAAUGGCAUUUAUAACACUUUUUAAAGCCUCUUGAUAUAUGUGUUAUUAGCAGGUAAACCUAAUCUUUCAAGACAAAUAUCUACGUUCAUUUCUCAUCGACGUGGCUCCUUCAGAAUGAAAUGUAUGUAAUUCAUUAACUCACUCGGUUUGAUGUACACAAGAUGUAUCGGUUCAUCUCAAGGGAUAUAAACACCACACUUUUCUUUCUUUUUCUUUAUUUUUUUUAAAUUCCUCAAACACCGAAUGGGCAAGAAGGCAUUUAAUUCCCUGUAGUUUUCAUAAGUUGUGUGAUAUUUGAGAAGUCACAUCAAAGUCCGUUGAUCGUUGCUAUAAACACAUCUAAACCCAGCCUUAAGCUACUUCAGAUAGAAGAGAAUUCCAAGUGGCAUAUCACGUUCCCUGUGAAAUCAGAUGGAUUUUAAUGUUGUUAGAGUUUUUUUGUGUGUGUGAAGGAAUUCACAGGUUGGCUAUAUGAAUUAAGGCUCUUUUAUCAUUUCUUAGUUCACUGUGCCUUCCUUUCUUUGCAUUUGUGUUUCUUUUUAUCUGUUGUGUUAAGAGUCAAAAUCUUGUACAUAGCUUUAAUUAUUGUUCAGGGUUGUGUAUGUGUUUGUCUCACUCUCUGCAUUUGACAAAGAAAGACUCUUGAAGGUCAAAUGUUUGUCUUUGUCCAGCAUUGUACUUUUUUAAGCCUGACUGAGAUAUCCCAGCUCUCCAGCAGCAUGCAUUAUUGCACAACUGGAAAGGUUUAUUAUGCAGUUAUUGUCUUCCUCUGAAGAUUCAGACACAGGUUACGUGGGAGUCAGGGUACUGGACUUGGUAGCUCUUUGUAGGAAAUUGUACAUUCUAGCAAUGUGCAUCCAUAGUCGAUAGUAUAAUUUAGAAAGAUACGUAGUAAAUUAUCUGCAGGUAGUAUUGUCUAUGAGUAUACUUCUUUUCCUUUUGCAGUUGGUGAAUUUGGUUUCAGUGAAAGCUGCACAGUGUUACAGGUACAUCCAAGCAAAAUGUCAUUUGAAUAUGCCAGACGCACCCUUAGCGGAACUUGUUUCCUUUUUUCAAUGCUCUGAAUAGUUGUAGGAUUCUGGCAGUAUUGCAGGUGCACCUUGGUACUAGCAGCAGCAGCGGAGGGGAUUGUAAAGGAACUGACACUUGUGAACUGGUGUGAUGUAAAAUAACCCUUGAACUCUGUGAGGAAAAAAAAUGCAAGAAAAGCCAUGUGAAGACCUGGAAAAUAAAUAAGGGUCUUCAUGCAAUAUUUAAAACUGUUUUAUUUAAAAAUAUAUAUAUUUUUUCAGGUUUUUAAAUUGGAGUGUAUCCCUGUAAGUUUGUUAACUCUUUCUUUGGUCUUCUCUCAGUUUAGUAGUGGUAGCAACGGUAGCAUCUGAAAUACAUGUUUCUUGCCACAUCAUUAAGGGAUAUCAGGCAACCUUUUAACUCUGAAAGACUUGUAAUAAUUCUUUACACUGUGUGGUAUCGAAAUGCCAGAUUUACAGAGAAUACAAUUUGCAGAAGUAAGAGAUCGGUGUGGGCUGAGACCAUUACGAGGAACUGGAAUGAGAUGAUAAUGAUUUCACUGUCAAGCUAUGCAAACUGUUGUGAUAGAUCUGUUGGCUUGUGGGGAGAACUUGGUACUCAAGAAGGUGAAGGCUACCUAGAACUAGAGAUUUUUACAGGUCUGCAGUGUUAACGCUCCUUUCUGUUGCUUUAACUUGUGUUGUGGACCAGUCUUGUACCGAAGAGAAGUUAUGAGGUAUUGCACAAUACUGGGUUAAUGAUACUGGUGUGAUUCUUGUUCUUAACUUAAGAACAUACAUUUAAGCACACUUAAAUCUGUGAGCCAACCUGCUGCUUCAGUAUGUGUUCUGAGGCAAAUGUGUUUGAUCUAGAUAGCUGCCUAGAAAUAUUUGGUCCUCAUCUGUAUAGUACAGGUGUCUCCAACUCUGAUUAACUGAACUCGUAAAACACACCUGUGAGACUGAGGACACUUUGUCAUUGUCAGGUAGGGAAACAGACCUAGUGCAGAUCCAAAGUGAGCUGCCAAAAUGACAAGAAACAUCCCCCCUGAGUUCUGGUGCACUGUCCUAUGCAUUUAUCUUAGUCUCAAAUACAAGAGAUGGUCUGAAUAAUAAUUUUUUUUUUAUUAUUAUUUUUUAAUGCAAGUUUCACAGUACUUCAUGUGAGGUGUUUUCUUAGCUCUGGUCCCCAGAAUUGAGAACCUAUUGAGAUUUUGUUCUGUGAUUUCUGAAUGCAUAGCCAUGGCAUUAUUUUUCUUCUUGUGUUUAACAUGUACUAAAUGAAAUACUCAUCAAGCAGAGUCAAGUGAAAACUUCCUGUAGCCUUAGUUAUAUUAACAAAUCUGGCACCAUAUUUUCUAGGACUAUGUUUUAUAUCCUCUUCUACAGGUGGAAUAACGCUUUCUUGUUUUGUGUAAGCUGCAAACAUACUGGGUAGUCCCGUUACCUGCACUGCUCAUCUUUAGCAUUCUUUUUAUUUCUCUAUUUUAUGACCCUUGAAGUAGAUGUAGUUGUGAUGCACUUUACCCUUUGAGACUUGGUAAAUGUAUUUUCGGUCUCUUUAAAGGUUGUGUUGUUAGGUUUAGUGUCUGUAAUUUAGGAUUGAAUUUUCAGCUGAAGUCUCACCACAGUAUUUAGCUCAUAUUUAUUUUGGCCCCACAGAUGCAUAGAGUGAGAAGCUUCAAGUAGAUAACAGUUUUCUUUAGUAACUAAGACAUUAAGUUUCCACACGGUAGGUCCUGCAAGAAUGGCAACACCGCUACCGGCUCUACUUUUCUUCAGUAGCAUGCAAUUGGCUGCUGCCCUUCAAGCACGUUUAGCGAGGGAAAGCCUUUAACUGAAGAUAUUCCUUCGGUGCAAUGACUUGUGAAAGACAUCGGAGUAUCUUUAAGAGAAAGAAAAUGUUGAAGCGGUGACCAAAAGUAUGUAAUGAGGAUGGUACCAGAAGUACACUCAGUGAGAAUCUAAUCCAUUGCUUGUAUGGCAAAAAUAUUUCUCCUCAGAUGGAUACAAAGAGGGAGUCUAGUUUUAAUUUUGUACUGUUUCUAUGCGAUUCCAGAAGAAAAUUUUACAGUGACUUUUAGCUAUUAAUUCGGAAUGUUGGUUUUUUUUCCCCUCAAUAAGUAAGUUUUGCAUAUGUGUUAAAUUUAAGGGUGUGCAUUGAAACCCUGUUCCUAUUAAAGUCUACAAAACUUCUGUAGAAAUCAUAAAUUGCUUAAUUUCCCCCCCAUCACCGCCCCCAGAUACCUAAACAUUGGCAUGUGUUUGAACCUCUGACCGGGGCUUCAGUGUAGAAGUGACCAUGGAAAGGUCUUGGCUGUAUCAAGUCCAAAACAACGUCAGAAAGGGCUUCUCAUCUGCUGGAUAUUGGACAGUGUGUUUGCUCAGAAUCAGUUAUUUACGUAACUACUUCACACUGAGACAGAAUCAUGAGACAGUAGAUUGUCAUCACUGUUGGGGAAGUAGAACUGCAAGUUCUGGUCAGCUUCAUGCACUACUUUCAGCAUAUAAAGCUGUAUUUGAUCCAGACCUCUAUUUCUGAGCAGUAUUUUCCUCUUUGUGUAAUGUAGAUUCGAUGGUGAUUUUUUUUUUUUCACUGUACAAACUAACUCAGUGGUUGCAAAUAAGAUAAAACUGAUAUAUUAGGAACUGGUAGCUGACUGAGAUCUGAAGUUUUUCUGUAGCCCCCAAGAAGCCAAAAGAAAUGUGAUCCUUCUGGUUUGAUGGACAGAAUUAGGUGGUUUUAGAAUUUAAUGAUAAGAUCUUUUCCCAUCUUUUCUUUGAUGCAGCAAAUUAGGCGUUUAUAUUUGACAGUAUUCUCUUAAAAUCAACUUAAGUUCAUUUACAUCUUUAUUUUAAAUUCAUCUACACUCCAAAAGAGAAAAAUAAAAAAAAAAAAAAAGAGAAGAAAUUCCACCACAAAAGACUGCGUUAAGAUGGAGUCAAGUCUGUCAAUGUCCUUUUAUAUAACAUGCAUUGAAAAGACACAAAGUCAUGAGCAAAUGUCAUAGAAUCAGAAUUACUCAGGUUGGGAAAGACCUCAAAAAUCAUCAAGUCCAACCGCAGCCUAACCAUAGUACCAUGACUCUAACAACCCUCUGCUAAAUCAUAUCCCUGAGCACUACAUCCAAACGGCUCUUAAACACAUCCAGGGAUGGCGAUUCAACCACCUCCCUGGGGAGCCUAUUCCAGUGCUUAACAACCCUUUCUGUAAAUAAGGUCCUUUCUCAAUCUUUAGAAAUUCCUCUUUUGGACAAGAUAAGUGAAUAAAGUCUUAGCAGCUGUAACUCUGACCAUCAGUACGCUAUUUCUUGUGAUGUUGUGCUGUAAGUCGUCAGAUGUCUUAUGAGGAUGUUAUCCCAAUGUGGUGUUUGCUCCAGAUUAACGCAGUGUUUUGUUUGGAAAUAUGUAGGUGUACAGAUAGAACAUGAGAUAUAAAGUUACCUUUAAAGUUGAUGAAACAAGUUUUGGACAUUUCUAUAUUUUUAUAUAUUACAAAGGGCAUUUUGAAUUUUUUCUUGCAGUUUUAAUAAUUAUUUAGUGUGGUAAUAUACAUACAUUGUGACACUGUUUUCUGAUAUACCCAUUACUUCGGUGUAAUUCUAUUUUAUGUAGCAAAUGUGUAUAUACAAAGGAGAUUCUGUAAAAAUAUGAUCAUGAAAUAGGCUCGAGCCCUCUGGAACAGGGACUGUCUUCCUGCAUGUCUGCAAAAGCCCUUCAUGCUUCGAGGUCCCAGUCACAGCUCCCGUCCGAGACCUGUGGUGAAUGAACUGUCAAGAGAUGAAUGUGGAGGAGCAGCUCUUCUGCUCUCUGGAGAAGCCUUAGCACAAAGGUGCCAUGAAGCUCACCUUGCCUCUCCCCAGUGCCAGGGCCAUGCCAUGUGUGGUUACACUCAACCACUUGCCAGCAGCCCAGAGAGCCUGGGGUCGGUGCGUCCUUUGCUCUGGUCCUUCCCUUUGGCAGUAGAACAAGAAGUCUAAAGUAGGAGCUUUGAUGUCAUCAGGGAAUCUGCCUUCCUAGUGCUCGGGCCUCGUGCAGCAUCCCUUGAAGCCAAACAACUAAUUCAUAUCUGCGUCUGGGCCUCCGGGUGUGUUCCUACAAGAUUGAGUUCUGCUGACAGCAGCUCUGUUACACCUGAGGACCUGGUUGGUCAAGUUCUUCAGGAAUGGUCUAAAAAUACUGUAAAAAUAUAAAUAUAUUUAAUUACAUGUACUGAAAACAGGAAUCCUAUUUGCUGUGGUCAGAGUUCAGACUAGUAUGUGUGUUUUGAUUUCUUAGUCAUACCUGCAUAUAUAUUGCUUUAACUAUUGUGUAUGAAAGAGGAAGUGAUUCUAAGUGUGUGAAAGAUCAGGAUUACACCUGUAUUUGUAAUGGUUGUGUUAUUUAGGAGUGGAUAUCAGUGAACUUAACUCCAUAUUAAUGCAGUUUUUUUGCAUUAGAAUAUGUGUGUAUAUCAUACACCUGCAUUUUAUAUAUAAUAUAUUAUAUAUUUGGUACUAACUUUGUAUUUUCCCUGAAAUUUGCCAAAUCUUGAAGACAAAUGUUCUCACUUGUAAGACUUUGGUACAUAAGAACUGAAUGUAUAUGAAAUGCUCUGGUAUGAAAGACAGUAAUGUUGUACAGUACCCCACAAUGUCUCAACCAGCAGGCGUUGCCUUUUUUGCGUGUUACAUCUCAAUCCACUGCAGCAUCACCUUAUGUCUCAUGAAAUAUCGUCUGUGUUUUCUAUCUAAACCGCAGAGCUGCCCUUACAGUACAGCUGACAACAGUUCUAUCACGUGUGCUGGCUGGUAGGAGUAAGAAUACAGUAGUCACCAGUGUGCCACAAAUGCAUUUAUUAAAUGCAGAAAUACGUGUUUCUACAAAAGGCCAAAAUCUUACGUUGUAUGUUCCUUUCUUGUCAUUACAUUGUAUGAUAUUGUAAGAUUAUUGUAUGUCCUAAUUUGCAUUAUAAAAUGUUUUUUUUUUCCUACUUAAAGGCAUAAAUAUAGCAACUUUGUAUAAAGGUAGCUUUCUAGAUUUUUAUUUCUUUUAUAUAAAAAGGUCUAAACAGUGAGAGUAUCAUUGCCAAACUGUUUAUAAAACUUCAUUUGCCCUGUUGGAUGAAUUUGUUUUUACAGACAUUCCAUAUUUCUUUGAUGAAAAUUAUACUAUGCAGAAAGAGUGUAUUUUUAUGCCAUUCCAUGUUAAUCUUAAAAAAAAAAAAACACACAAAAAACCCCAACAAACAAAAAACAAACAGNCCCCCCCCCCCCCCCCCUUGUUUGAAGCGAUCCUAAUUGAGAAAGCUUACCAAAUGUUCACCUUUAAAGCUGUAUUAUGUAUUAUGAUGUUUUCCCCUUUACCAGUGCCAACUUCAUUUGGAAAAAAAAAUAAUAAUAAUUGUAGCAUGGCAAUAAACUAUUGAUUUUACAUUGAAAA